CGUGCUGCGCAGGAACGGCUGUUGGUCGGUGGUGGGUUCAGGUUCCUGGCUCGUCGGGGGCUCCGUUGCUCUGCUUCUCCCCACUGAGCUGCUGCCUGGUGAAGAGGAAGCCAUGGCGCUCCGGGUCACCAGGAACACGAAAAUUAAUACUGAAAACAAGGCGAAGGUCAGUAUGGCAGGCGCAAAGCGCGUGCCUGUGGCAACUGCUGCAGCCUCCAAGCCCGGGCUGAGGCCAAGAACAGCUCUUGGAGACAUAGGUAACAAAGUGAGUGAGCAGCCGCAGGCCAGACUGCCUCUGAAAAAGGAAGCAAAAACUUUAACUGCUGGAAAAGUUAUUGCUAAAAAACUACCAAAACCACUGGAAAAGGCGCCCGUGCCUGUGCCAGAGCCGGAGCCCGAGCCUGAGCCAGAACCCGAACCUGAGCCUGUUAAAGAAGAAAAACAUUCUCCCGAGCCUAUUUUGGUUGAUACUCCCUCUCCAAGCCCAAUGGAAACAUCUGGAUGUGCCCCUGCAGAAGAAUAUCUGUGUCAGGCUUUCUCUGAUGUAAUUCUUGCAGUGAAUGAUGUGGAUGCAGAAGAUGGAGCCGAUCCAAACCUUUGUAGUGAAUAUGUGAAAGAUAUCUAUGCUUAUCUGAGACAACUUGAGGAAGAGCAAGCAGUCAGACCAAAAUACCUACUUGGUCGUGAAGUCACUGGAAACAUGAGAGCCAUCCUAAUUGACUGGCUAGUGCAGGUUCAAAUGAAAUUCAGGUUACUGCAGGAGACCAUGUACAUGACUGUUUCCAUUAUUGAUCGGUUCAUGCAGAAUAAUUGUGUGCCUAAGAAGAUGCUGCAGCUGGUUGGUGUCACUGCCAUGUUUAUUGCAAGCAAAUAUGAAGAAAUGUACCCUCCAGAAAUUGGUGACUUUGCCUUUGUGACUGACAACACUUACACUAAGCACCAAAUCAGACAGAUGGAAAUGAAGAUUCUAAGAGCUUUAAAUUUUGGUCUGGGUCGCCCUCUACCCUUGCAUUUCCUUCGGAGAGCGUCUAAGAUUGGAGAGGUCGAUGUUGAGCAACAUACUUUGGCCAAAUACCUGAUGGAACUAACUAUGUUGGACUACGAUAUGGCGCACUUUCCUCCUUCUCAGAUUGCAGCAGGAGCUUUUUGCUUAGCGCUAAAAAUUCUCGAUAAUGGUGAAUGGACUCCAACUCUACAGCAUUACCUGUCAUACACUGAAGAAUCGCUUCUGCUUGUUAUGCAACACCUGGCUAAGAAUAUAGUCAUGGUGAAUCGCGGGCUUACAAAGCACAUGACUAUCAAGAACAAGUAUGCCACAUCUAAGCAUGCUAAGAUCAGCACUCUAGCACAGCUGAAUUCUGCACUAGUUCAAGAUUUAGCCAAGGCUGUGGCAAAGGUGUAACUUGUGAACUUGACUUGGAGUACUAUAAUAUCUGCAAAUAAAAUUGGCACCAUGUGCCAUCUGUACAUAUUAUAUGUUACAUGUAUUUACUUUUAAUAAAGUUUCUGGUCCUUUUUACUUCUUA